ACCAAAGGAAAAACUGAGCAAGAGCGAACAACUGCGCUUCGGAUGACACCCUAGCUGGAAAGCAAGGAUCGACAUUAUAAAGCACCGAAAACUAAAACAACCGCAGGGCAGACAGAUCUCACUGUGCCAUUUGGAGAUGCUCGCAGUGCAUGCAUAAAAACAAGAAUGAAGCGCAAAAGCGAAAAAAGGCGACCUGAGUCGAUGAAAAAGCGCCGUGCAGCCCAGAGAGAGGAGGCGGAGCUAAAGUCAGAUAUUCACAUUAGUGUAUCAGAUCAACUGUAUUUCGCAGUACUGCAGCAGAAGAUAAAAAGCACAGCUGACAGACAUUGCUUCUGCAUAGAUGAUGAGCUGUCAUAUGAAAACUUCUAUGCAGACUUUGGCCCGCUCAACCUGGCCAUGUUUUAUCGCUUCUGUUGCAAGCUCACUAAAAAGCUCAAGUCAUGCACACUAGCAAAGAAGAAGAUAGUCUUCUACACCUGUGGAGAUCAAAAGAAACAAGCCAACGCUGCUUAUCUCAUUGGUUCAUAUGCAGUGAUGCAUCUUCAGAAGACGCCAGAGGAAGCCUACAGUCUACUGGUGUCCAGGAACUCUACCUACUUACCCUUCAGAGAUGCCUCUUUUGGAACCUGCAUGUACAAUCUGAACAUUCUAGACUGCCUGUGCGCCAUAUACAAGGCUCUGCAGUUUGGCUGGCUUGAUUUCUCCCAGUUUGAUGUGGAGGAAUACGAACAUUACGAGAGAGCAGAAAAUGGAGAUUUCAACUGGAUAGUUCCUGGAAAAUUCCUAGCGUUCAGCGGUCCUCAUCCAAAAAGCAAAAUGGAGAACGGUUACCCUCUUCAUGCCCCCGAGGCCUACUUUCCUUACUUCAGGAAACACAAUAUCACAACCAUCGUCCGUCUCAACAAGAAGAUGUAUGACGCCAAGCGUUUCACCGACAUGGGCUUCGAGCACCACGACCUCUUCUUCGUGGAUGGGAGCACGCCAAACGACUCCAUCGUCAGGAUGUUCCUCAACAUCUGUGAGAACGCAGACGGAGCUAUUGCUGUUCACUGCAAAGCUGGUCUGGGUCGAACAGGCACCCUGAUAGGCUGCUACAUGAUGAAGCACUACCGCCUGACUGCGGCUGAGGCCAUCGCCUGGAUGCGGAUCUGCCGGCCCGGAUCAGUCAUCGGACCACAACAAAACUUUGUGGAAGAUAAGCAGAGCAGUCUGUGGUCGGAGGGCGACGUGUUCCGGGAGAAAAUGAACGAGCAGGAAAACGGCAAGCUGGCUGUCACCAGGAUCCUGUCGGGGGUUGAUGACAUCACCAUCAAUGGCAGCAACAAGAACAAGAUGUCCAAGAAAGAAGAGGCGGAACUGUAUAAUGACGAUGAGGAGAUGAAUGGCAUCACGCAGGGUGAUAAACUGCGAGCCCUGAAAAGCAAGAGACAGGCCAGGGCAUCCACAGGCUCCCUAUCACAAGAAGAAAAAAACAUCCACAGCAGGUCAUCGCAGUCUUUAAGGAUUCUCCUUCAGUCCAGUGGGCAGAGCUGUAAAGCUGUGGUGAACCCCUCCCAUCUCCCUGAUGCCUCUGAGAAAAGGAAGAGAACCAGAACCUCACUGCCUGCCAAUAGUGUGGGGGGCAGCUCCCUGUGCCACUCCAGACUAGCCAGGUCUCUAGACAGCAUGCAUGUAGUGACCAGUGACAGAGAGCCAGUGUGCCGUGAGCCCAGUUGUUGCCGUAGAGACACAGUCAACCUGCCCAACCUAAACAUGCUGCAGGCCCCUCGGAAGACGCACUGUGUCCAGAAGACGGAGAACUCGAUGCUCUUUACAAUCAAUGCGCUCAACGAGACUAUGUCACUCCAUACCAAAAGCUAGAGCUCCUCUACUGCGCUGAGCCUGGGGUCCCGGAAUUCUAAGAGUGGACUCCUGUAGAAGUCUACCCUACAGCUCCUAAAAAUUGAGAUUUUGUUUUAAUUUCUUAAAAGGGACUGUUGUUACUUAUUAUUAUUUUUCUUGAACCAGUCCAGUCGAUUUUUGAUAAAGGGAUGAUGUUCGAUGAGGAAAUGAUGCAUCUGAUUGUGAAUGGGAAGAACGAGUUAUCAGAUAUGAUUAAGAUGUAAACCAUGUUUGGUUGGUUUGGAAUGAAUUUUCCAACUCUCUUUAUCAAAAGGCACCUUAUUUUAUUGUAUAUUUCACUGUUUAUCGUGGAAGAAAAUUAAAAAAAGGUUGUGUGCAUCUUAAAAUGAAACCCUGUUCUCUAUACAUUAGUCCUGGCCAUAAGUAAUGGGAAUAGAGUUCCAUUUCACACAUUUGUUGCCUGCUUCUUUACAUACUAGUAGAAGGUUGCCAUAGCAAUCCAGGCUGAUCCUGAACCAUCAGACUGUCAAUCUGCUUUUUGGUGAAGGUCCUCCAGAGGUAGGCACCGUCCACUUUUCUUAACCUGUUGUAUGAUCUAGAUCAGGUCAUGUCCAGCUGUUUGGAAGUUGAGGUGUUUUGUAGAUGAAAUCAUUUGUGAAAAGCUCAUGUCGGCCCUCUUGAACAUGCACCAUGUCUACUCUAGGGGGUAUGCUCUUUGGGGAGCAUCUUUCAGAAUGUUAUAGACAGAAAUGUAAUGCACAGAAGUAAUAUAAUGCCACCCUCUUUUUUUUUUUAUAAUCAAAUGGUUUGUCCAGAGUUGUAAAUCCUCAUUUCGCUUGUUGUAUUUCACUUGGCUCUAUUCAAUCCGUAUCGCGGGAAGUUCAACGUUCCCGAUUGAUUGAAAUUGAAUGGCAAUGUUCCCGCGUUAGCAGACACUGCAUUCUCGGUAAACUCUGCAUAUGUCCGGUCAAUCAGAAAUGAUCUUUACAUUUCUAGCGCUUCAGCGACGCAGACUGAAUAGCACCCUUAAUAUGCUCCAGCUUUCUUUCAUUCUCCAGUGAAGCUUCCAGUCGGUUGUCUUUUUUUGUUGAGCUGCUGUACUUAAACUGUAAAUAAGUCAACAUUUUGAUAUACUGAAAAAUGUAUUUGUACUUUGUAAAUAUUUUUGUACUUGUUAUGAUCAACCAUGCUAUCAAUUGUAAUCAGUCUUACAUACAAAAUGGUCCUAAAGGGGCCUCAUCUCAUUCAUAAUUAUUGUGCAUUAUAUAUCUGCUCGGAGCACAAGGAGUAUACCAGCUUUCUAAAAUUAAAUGCCACCAAUUAUACUGAC